AUGCCUCUGGCCACUCGAAGAGGUGGGCUUUGUACAUUCCGUGCAUACAGAGCCACACGGUCCCUACAAUCCCCCUUACACCGCAAUAUACGAGCAGCAUAUUCCUCUGAAGCCGGUCUCAAAAUCAGCGGGAACACUUCGCAUCACCCAGCUGGAUCCCAAGUUUCUGAUCACAAGCUCUCAGACCGUAGCGCCAAAUUUCAACCUUUACGGCCCCAGUCCGAAGAACAUGAAUUAUUCGAAGGAUCAGAACUGCGCUCCAAAUCUACUUCGUCCGACCGAGAUGGCAGACAUCGUCCUCAGCUCGCUCGCGGCCGACUCAUUUCAGCCAAGAGACAUUUUGAUCCUAAAGAUUUCCGAGUGCGAAGAUUUCAAGGCAAUGCUCCCUACAACGCUAAAGAUAGUGGAAGUUGGCCCGAAGCUGCACCGUAUGCCCAAAGGGAUUCGCAUCUGAACGCACUCAGCUACUCAGACGUCCGUGGAGUGGGACGUCGUGGUAUUCAAGGCCCUGUUGCAAAGACCGAAACUACCUUCGGCGUCUUUGGGCGGCUCUUGCUCGAGCAGACUGCGAAUUUACGAUGGUCUCUGCUGCGCAAGGAAGAGGUAGCAGUCAAGGCUUGGGGUAUCAACUCGGAGAAAGAGCUAGACAAAAAAUUGCAAUUUUUCAAGGGCCGGCUCCGGGAGUGUAUAAAACUUGCAGAGGAAGGAAAGCUUGGGAAGUUCGAGAAUCCCCUAUUCUUUCGCUUGCGCACUGCAUUUAUAAAGCGCAAUAUGGUAGGUCUCGCCGAUGAGAUGAAAUUCGCAUUCAUGAAAGAAAUGUCCACAGAACAGUUUGCCGAACACCAUGCGACACAUCAACAGAAGCUCGCAGAUCUUCGGUACCCUUUGGAGUGGUUUCCGGCCACAAGGGCUCUACAACGGACUGUCCAUCUGCACAUAGGACCGACCAAUUCCGGAAAAACCUACCAUGCGCUGCAGAGGCUAGAGGCAGCAGAUUCCGGGAUAUAUGCAGGGCCUCUACGACUACUGGCACACGAAGUAUACACAAGGCUGAACGCUAAAGGUAAACCAUGUGCUCUAAUCACUGGUGAAGAACGGCGAAUUCCCGAGAACUUCCCAAGCGUCAUGAACAGCUGUACCGUCGAAAUGGUUCCGCUGAAUUGCACUGUCGAUGUUGCAGUCAUUGAUGAAAUUCAGAUGAUGGGCGACGACGAGCGUGGAUGGGCCUGGACGCAGGCUUUCUUGGGAGUCAUGGCUAAAGAGGUUCACCUUUGUGGCGAGACCCGUACCAGAGAAAUCAUCACAGAUUUAUGUGCAGCUAUGGGUGAUAAGCUCGUGGUCCAUGAGUACGAGCGUCUAAGCCCGCUAAAAACCCAGGAUCACAGCUUGAAUGGAGACUUGCGCAAUCUCGAAAAAGGCGACGCAAUUAUUCUCUUCUCUCGCGUAGCAAUUCACGCCAUGAAGCAGGAUGUAGAGAGAAUCACUGGAAAGCGAGCUGCAGUUGUAUAUGGCUCGCUGCCCCCCGAGACACGGGCUCAGCAAGCUGCUCUGUUUAACGACCCAAACAAUGAUUACGAUUACCUUGUUGCCAGUGAUGCUGUUGGUAUGGGUCUGAAUUUGAGCAUUAAGCGGGUCAUCUUUGAGACGACCUCCAAGCACGAUGGGGUAGCUCAUCGAAUAAUCAAAAACCAUGAGAUUAAGCAAAUUGCUGGUAGAGCUGGCAGAUUUAAGACUGCACAACAAGCCAUAGAUAAGGGCAAAGACGGUGAUGAACAAGUGGUGGAUCCGCUCCAACUCGAUACAGUCAAGAAACCUAGUCCCGCUGGGGGUAUGGUGACGACCUUGGAAAAUUUUGACCUUCCCAUAGUGCGAAGAGCUAUGAGAGCCAGUGUGCCACCUCUGGCGUCUGCUGGAAUCUUCCCACCAGGGGACAUCCUUCUCCGAUUCGCCAACUACUUCCCACCGAAAACACCGUUCAGUUACAUCAUCCUCCGGCUGCACGACAUGGCUUCACUGGGCUCACACUUCCACUUGUGUCGCCUCAAAGACCAGAUCAAAAUAGCCGAUGCCAUUCAAGAAUUCGACUUGUCGAACAUGGAUCGCAUUUCCUUGAUGAGCGCCCCUAUGAGCAUGAGAGAUCAUGGUAGCAUAGACUUUAUCAAGGAAUUGGCCAAUUGUAUAGCGGAGCAAAAGAAUGGCGCUCUUCUAGACUUGCAGGUCCCUGACCUGGAGCUUCUGGAUAGAGAUAUUCACGAUCAUGCGAACGGAUCCAAGGGCUACCUCAAGGACGCAGAGAUGCUCCACAGACAGCUCACUCUCUACUUGUGGCUGAGCUACCGCUUCGCUGGAGUCUUCAUUAGCCAAGCUCUUGCUUUCCAUGUCAAGGGCCUGAUCGAAGAAAAGAUAAACGAAUGUCUGUCGACAGUGCUAAUGGAUGAAGCGCAGAGGAGAAAGCUCACUUACUUGAGACGGAAAGGGAUUAAAGAACAGAUGGCGGCAGAGAAGAUGCAGCAGCAGCUUGCCGAAACGCCAAAUCAGCUGAAGGGAGAUAGUUUGAUACUCGGAAAGGAGGCAGAGAGUGCGGUAGAUUCUUCAGGAGCAGAUGUUGUUUUCCAAAACCUAGAGCUUGACAUGGAAGGAGAGGAACUCGAAGACCUCGCAUCUGAAAACUUCGACGUCGCAGAAACAGAACUCGCAGAGGAAUUGUCUCGUAAACGGGAGAGCCUUACUAUGGAAGAGUCGCUCGAGGGUCAGACGAGCGGGACUCUGGAGGUGGAGGAAGAAAGCCACGAUUCUGAGGACUCGCCACUUGCUGACGGCAAUAUGCCCACAAUACCCGAAGGCUCGGCCGAGCAUGAGGAUGAUGAGGCGGUUGUGCGAGAGAUCAAAUUGCAUGUCGUAGAGGACUUGUCUGCAUCAGAGAUGGUGCUGGUCCAGACGCCUGACGAAGGAGAUAUCGAGACCGAAGUCGUCGAUUCGGAUAAUCCCUCCAAAAAGAAUUACUAA